AUGGUGCUCUGCGACAAGGUAGAAUUAAGCCUUCAAUUAGAACAAGAUGAUGGCCGCUCGCCAAGGCUUUCGCCGUUACAACACGGGUCCCAGUGUUCAAAGUUCGACCCCUUGUAUGUGCGAAUGGAACGUAUCUACUGGUCAAGUUGUGACGCUUGUUGUAGAGCGGCAGCAGCAGUGACCGAAGACUUCGAUGAGGAUGACCUAAUCAUGGCUAUCGAGUUCAACCGUCUACUUCGCAAGGAACUCGCCGAGGCGCUUCACCGAAGACCGUACGCGGAACUUGUUCGAGCCUUCCCUACUGAAUUCAAAAUUGAACAACGCUUCAUGCUGAGCGGCUGUCGGUGGAUCGAAGCGCCUCAGCCUACUAGAAAAGACGCCCUAGGUCCCAACCCGCCAUUGGAUUCCGAAUUUGAAGGUCUGAAAUGGUGGUACGACCAGGGGAUGGGUGGAGAUGUAGAUAACGAGAUUUGCGAAAGAUUUUAUGCCUUGACCCAACCAAAGGAUCCCAUGACACAGAAUAUUCUGAACUGGAUGGAAUGGUUACCUUCAGACCCAGACCAGUUCUCUGUGGUAGACAACAGAACUUUAUCAAAUGUAUCUGUUGCGACGUCUUGGGAAGAUAGGCAAUCUAUCUCUGAAUCAUAUAUAAUUCGUUAUCUACCUCCUUCGGAGUCCCCGGGCCACUCCUCGGAACAUUCAGAUUAG